CCAACUAACCGAGAGAAAACCCCAUAGCCAUUAGCCAGAGGCUCAGAGCUUCCCAUCGUCACUUCCGCGAGAAAACGGAAAAAGUAAAAGAUCGAAAAAAUGGAGCAUCCAAGCCACGACUCCCUUCUGAAACACCCGAACUCCAUAACCUACGAGUCCCCCUACCCUCUCUACGCCCUGGCCAUCUCCCACACCCCCCACCGCGUCGCCGUGGGCAGCUUCCUCGAGACCUUCAACAAUCGCGUGGACGUGCUCUCCUUCGACCCCGAAACCCUGUCCCUCAAGCCCCACCUCCCCGCGCUUUCCUUCGACCACCCCUACCCUCCCACCAAGCUCAUGUUCCACCCCUCCGCUUCCACCCCCAACCUACUCGCCUCCUCCGGUGACUUCCUCCGCCUCUGGGACCUCCGCGAACACUCCGCCGAGCCCCUCUCCGUCCUCAACAACAGCAAGUCCUCCGAGUUCUGCGCCCCGCUCACCUCCUUCGACUGGAACGACGUCGAGCCCAGGCGCCUUGGGACCUCCAGCAUCGACACCACCUGCACCGUCUGGGAUGUUGAGCGGUGCGUUGUCGAGACCCAGCUCAUCGCCCACGACAAGGAGGUCUACGACAUCGCCUGGGGGGAGGCUAGGGUUUUCGCCUCCGUCUCCGCCGACGGGUCCGUCCGGAUCUUCGAUCUCCGGGACAAGGAGCACUCCACGAUCAUCUACGAGAGCCCCCAUCCUGAUACGCCUCUCCUUAGGCUGGCCUGGAACAAGCAGGACCUUAGGUACAUGGCAACCAUUUUGAUGGAUAGCAACAAGGUUGUGAUUUUGGAUAUCCGGUCACCGACAAUGCCGGUGGCGGAGCUGGAGAGGCAUGCAGCAAGCGUGAAUGCAAUUUCUUGGGCACCCCAGAGUUCCAGGCAUAUUUGCUCCGCUGGGGAUGAUACCCAGGCGUUGAUUUGGGAGUUGCCGACGGUGGCGGGGCCGAACGGGAUUGAUCCAAUGUCGGUGUACUCGGCGGGGUCGGAGAUUAACCAGCUGCAGUGGUCAGCAGCGGUACCUGAUUGGAUUGCCAUUGCGUUUUCCAACAAAAUGCAGCUCUUGAAGGUUUGAGAUUCCUUAAUGGUAGCAAGGAAGAUUAGCAAACCCUAUGGUGUUGCAGUAGGCUUGAUAUUGUCUUAGACAAACGCUACAGCUAGUGAAUGGAAAGAGCUCUUGUGUUACUGGUGAGGCAUGUUCUAGUAUGCAAGGAACAGAUGCAAGUCUCUACUCUAGAUCCUUAUCUAUUGGAUAUCAGUAGGGUGUAGAUGCACUUUUUUGCACAUAUUUUGGACCUGUGAAAACUAACUAGAGUAUGACCGUUUCUACUCAAGAUCCUUGUCCAUUCUGAUUGAA